UUGACAUUGCGCCGAUUUACUAAUCUUUCGGUGGCAAGUGUGCAUGGAAUUUUGUUUAAUAACUAUCAACCUACUGUAUCUGAAAAGAUAUACAGCUCAGACAGCAGCAGUUAUGUUGUAUUGAACCGCUUAUGGUGUGAGUAAAAAAGAUAAAUUUAUUUAUAAACAAUUUUACUUUGCUCUUUUGUUCUGUUCAUUCUCUCAACUUCGUAAUCUCAGUCUUGUUGUAGAAGCGGUUGGGAAAGGUUGGGAAAACAAACAGUCCCACUCGUCUUGCCAACUCGCGUUAUUCUUUUCCGGUUACAAUUUUGAUCCUCACUGUGAAUUGAUAGAAUUCAAAAACGGCAGAUUCAGAAUUUCUCGUAUCAAUUUUAACGAUUCAGUGCUUUAUUCAAUAAUAUCUUAGCAUAUGGCAACUUUUGAAGUGUGUUCUGAGCUGUAUGCUGAAACGGAUUUCUCUACGACGAACGCAUCCGAUGGAAAAAGCAUAUCUAAAUUUACAUUUGUCUUUCCGAAAGAAAACGAAAAAAAUAAAGUUCAGAAUGGCUCUAGCGGAGAUGAAGAGGAUAAUAAAUUAGAUCCCAAUGGAUAUAGUUUGAACGAUGUGGACGAUCGUAGCAACGGUCAUCAGCAACGUGUGCCAACAUUGAUAUCCAGCGAGAAGAAUGAAAUAUUUGCCGAAUUAGAAGACAAACCGUCUAUUGAAACCGAUAAAGAUGGUGAUCUCAUUGUAGAGCGUAAGAAAAAAGGCGUAAUUGAGAUAGAACAUCUCAAAUCAACCAAACUUGAUCUUGUGGGAUUGCAAAUCUGGAGAGGUGCUCUUUUGCUAGCAGACUAUAUUCUACACAACGAAAAGAAAUUUAAGAAUAGAAAGAUAUUGGAACUAGGAUCAGGAGUUGGCUUAACCAGCAUAGUAUCCAGUUUAUAUGCUCGCGAGGUCAUCUGUACAGAUAUCAAUGUUGGUGGACUUUUACAGUUGAUUAAGGCUAACAUUGAUAGGAAUUCUAGCUUGAAAAAUCCCAACUGUAAUAUCGUUGUUACUGAACUUGAUUUCAAAGUGAAGUACGAAAACUACUCGGAUACUCUAAAAGAGCAACUCAAAGAUGUGGAAUAUGUGAUAGCAGCAGAUGUGAUCUAUGACGAUGAUAUAACGGAGGCUCUAGUAAUGACUUUGGAAAAUCUACUAUUGGAAUCGCCUAAACUAAAAGGUGUGUACAUUGCACUUGAAAAACGCUACGUCUUCACUGUUGAAGAUAUGGAUUCUGUGGCCCCCAGCUAUGAACAUUUUCUAAGGGUAUUCUAUAGAAGAAACAACAGAUUUGGAAUCACCAGGUGGAAGUUAAUGCAAAUUCCGUUGAACUUUCCUCGAUACUUCGAGUAUGAGAAAAUCAAAGAUCUAGUCCUGCUCAAAAUUUCCAAUUAAAUAUAAUAAUUAAAAUACAAAUAAAACAUAUUUAUUGAUUUAAAAA